AUGUCUGUGGAACCGGAAACUGGAGAUACAAAUGCCCAGCCAAGGGAUGCGAAGUUAUUGCAUUUGAUGAUGAUGAAUUUGGGUGUGCCGGAGUACGGGGAGAAAGUCCCGUUGCAGUUGAUGGAUUUUGCGCAUCGCUACACCCACCAAAUCCUUUCCUCCUCCCUCGAAUACUCCGAUUACGCCCGUCCCAACCCCCUCUCAACCCUCACCCAACCCCUCACCCUCGACGACCUACGUCUAGCAAUCUCCUCCCGAACAAACUACUCAUUUAGGGGUCCGCCCCCGAAAGAGUUUUUGUUGGAGGUGGCGGGGGAGAGGAAUCGGAGGCCGUUGCCGGUUGUGAGGGAGGGGUGGGGGGUUAGGGCUCCGAGUGAGAGGUGGUGUUUGGGAGGACGGGAGGGGAUGUUUGUGGAGGAGGAUGAAGAACAACACGGGGGAAAUGGGGGAGGAGGGCAAGGGCAAGAAGGGGCAGUGGAGGGAUUGCAGUUGGAUGCGGGGGCUCCGGUGCCUAUUGUUACGAAUGAGGAUCAGGAGAUGACGGGGAUGUGA